AUGUCUUCCUCCGCCUCCAGCUCGAGAUCCGCAUCUCGCUCUCGACAAUCGAACAACGCCCAGAUUCAUCAAUCGACUGCGUCCUACUUCUCCUACCCCGUCACACAUGUCGUAUCAGGCCUCUACCGUCGCCUGACCGACCCACCAGCCUCGAAAUCAAAGACCAGCAUGAACCGCAAUCGAUCCUCCAUGACGACCCCAAACGACUCCAUCACCUCCUCUCAGGUCUUCACUCCCGUUCGAACCGCAUCACCUUUCCAGCCUCCACCGCUCACUCCCCUCACCCUCACCGGCGACCCCUCCAACCUCCAACAGCAGCUCCUAACUCGCGCCCUGGCCGAGGAAAUCCGGCUGCUAGUCCCAGCCCGCCUGCAACUCGUCGACACUUGGCGUCUCGCCUACAGCCUGGACCGGGACGCGCCUCGCUCGCCACCCUCUAUGAAAAUUGUCGAGAAAUGUCUCACCGUAGCCCGCGGGCGGGCUACGUCCUCAUCGUCCGCGACUCUUCUCCCUCCGGCGCCGUAUUCUCAUUACUACGGUACGGGCGAAUGUUUCCUCUGGCGCGCGAGCGUUCUCGCUCCUCCUACGAACCUGAGCCUGUCCCGCGACGGGCCCCCAUCAGAGGACAUGCUCGAACUCGCCGGUCUGCCCCUCCCGCCGAGCGCUGAUACCACGCAUGCUGGUCGAUCCACGACCCUGCGGGCCAGCGAUGCUAAGUUGGCACCCCCGCCAGCUAGUGGACGUACUAGCGGUGCCAGUACCCCAGAGAGAAUCCGGUUUAAGGCGUUCCCGUACAGCGGAGUGAAUGAUUAUAUGAUGUUCUGUGAAACGGGAUUUCUCAGCUUAGGUGGAGGAGAUGGCCAUUAUGGUCUGUGGGUUGACUCGAGCCUGGAAAAGGGCGUGAGUGCCGGGUGCCAGACAUUCGGCAAUGAACCCCUGUCAGAUGAGGGCGUCAAAUUUGAUAUCCUUGGUGUCGAAGUAUGGUAUGUCGGUGCUUGA